AUGGCGACGGCAGCUGAUGGCAGCGAUGAUGUAGAGGAAAUGGAAUUAUCCACCGAAGAAAUGGCCAAUAGAUUGUCCGAAGUCUAUGCUACUUACCCAGUUGUUAACGUUGAUGGCCAAAUUAAGAAAUUGGAAGGCAAUGUUGAAUCGAUGUUGCUAAGAUUAGAUGAAUUUAGUAGCCUACUAGAUCAGGUGCGGCAAGAAUCUGAAAGUGUAACGGAAGGAUAUCUACCCGAAUUGCAGAGUAAAUGUAUGGAAAUGAAUAAAGUUUUUGAAAAGGUUGAAAAACUUGAGGCAUUCGUAAGUAUUGUCAGGAGCAAUGUUGAUGCUAUUGAAGAACGUGUAGAAUUAGCAGAAAAGGAGCUUGAUACUAAUACUUUUAAGAAAGCUCUAAGUUCGCUGCCACUUUCUGGAUUGUUUUCUCGGAAAAAAUCUUCGCAACAACCCAACCAGAAAAUGCCCACUAAAAAUUGGCAACCUCCUGAAUUAUUUAAGACAGCCGAUUAUUUUCAAAGUAGCCAAACUGACCAGUAA